UUGCCACCUUCCUGUUGAUUGGGCAGUUUUCUUAUAAAUAGCAGACAAUCCUGGCACACAUCCUCUAGACCUCAUUUCCCACAUGAUCAAAAACAACAAACAAGUUGCUUUCUGCAAGAUCCUGUCAGACUUCCUCUCCAAAAUCACACCCGAUACAAUGAUUUGCGUCUUUGCCACUACCAUUGUCCUGCUUGUUCUUAAAGUACAUGAAGUCAUCAGGCAGCUGAAACAACUGAAGGAUGAAUUCACAGAGAAAACAAGACAACUCAAGGAGCAGAUCGAUCACCAGUGGGCACUCAAUCAACUUGAGAAGAUGUUGGCUCAGGACCGGCAGGAUCACUGGUUGGCACUACUCAAGCAAAUGUUGCUGAAACAACUGAAGGAUGAAGUCACGGAGCAAAUGAAACAACUCAAGAAGCAGAUGGAUCAUCUGUGGGCACUUGAUUGA